GGUACCUAUAUAUUUAGAAGAAUACGAUUUUCGAUUUGAACAUACAUGGUGAGUUGUACGCAACCAAGUGUUUCCUUUAGUUUGGUCCCUUUUGUAUAUAAAUAUACUUUCUUUCUCUACUUUUCUCCCUCCAUUUACGCAACUUGGCCCACCCCUUGUGUGUAUUUGAGCUCCAAAUCUAAAAAGCAAUUCCAUUUCUUCUCCUUCAUCUUCUGUUCAACCAAUUUGAAUAUCCACACAACGCAAAGGGAAAGGAAGAGGUGGAGAUGUUUUGGGGGGCUUGGUAGUGAUCAUGGGUUGUGCGAGUUCAAAGCAAAAGCGAUGUCGGCGUUGCAAUGCUCCUUAUUCUCCUGCUCCCAGAAGCUACUCAAUGCAUGUUCACCAUCCACCUCAGGAACAAGGUGAUAGCUAUCAUGUUGUGGCACUCACUUCCACGACACUGGGCACUCUAAAACUCAAUUCUCCUGCUCCAACUCACAGUUUCGCUGGGAAUUGUGACCACGAUUUCAGGCUUUCCAAUGGUAAGGUUGGUAAUGCCGAAAGUUUCAGGUUUGAUAGUGAAAGCUUUGUCCAUAGGCCGGAGGCGAAAGAGAAGAGUGAGGAAUUGGAGAAAGAGAAAAGAAAAGAGUUCUCAAUGGGGUUGAUUGAGGCCAAGACUUGGUCUAGCAUGAUUGAACAGAAGUUGCCGAAAGUUUUUCCCAAGACCCCAAUUAGAACACCACCCGGUGAGCCUGAGACAAUCAACACAUGGGAACUCAUGGAAGGCCUUGAAGACACCACCCCUUUCCGUUCUCCGAGUCACUUCCGGAGCUUCACCUUUGAUGUCAAUGGUGAUGACGUUGGUGAUGUUGAUCCACCCAAAAUGAGUGUUGUCGCUUCUCCAAAACCCAUGUGGCUUCUGAUGACUGAGGAGGAAUCAAAACUCACUCCUGCAAUCUCAGACUUUGACCCUGAAAUGAUUUCUUCCUUCAGAAAGUCCUUCCAACAACUCUCUCCAGAUAGUCCUUUCCACCUUCGACCGGCACCGGGUGAUGAAGAUGUUCAUGGGACUACAAAGUGGUCCCUAUUUGAGGAAAAUAAAACAAAAGGUGAUGAUGUUUUUCUGGAUGAUUUGAAGGUUGAUGAUCCAUGUGGGAAAGAUAAGGUGGUGUUGUAUUUCACUAGCUUACGCGGCGUGCGAAAGACAUAUGAGGAUUGUUGCCAAGUGAAAUUGAUUCUGAAGGGAUUAGGAGUGAGGGUGGAUGAGAGGGAUGUGUCUAUGCACUCAGGGUUCAAGGAGGAGCUUAGAGAGUUACUGGGUGAAGGGUAUGGUGGUUUAGGAUUGCCAAGGGUGUUUGUUGGGAAGAAUCACAUUGGUGGAGUUGAGGAAAUUCAGAGGCUUCAUGAGGAUGGGAAGCUUGAGAAGCUUUUGGGUUAUUGUGAGAAGAAUAUUGAGGACAGUGUUGGAUGUGAUGGAGGGGGAGUGUGUGAGGCUUGUGGGGAUAUAAGGUUUGUUCCCUGUGAAACCUGUUCUGGAAGUUGUAAAAUUUACUAUGAAGGUGAUGAAAACGAAGAAAAGUAUGUUGAUGGUGAGGUGGGGGAGUAUGGAUUCCAGCGUUGCCCUGAUUGCAAUGAAAAUGGACUAAUUCGUUGCCCCAUUUGUUGCUGUUAGUUUCCCAAUUCCGGGAGAUACUUCCAAGAGGUACUGAAACAAAAUUUUGAGUCUUUGUGAAAUUUUGUUGUACAGUAAAGUCUUUAUGUGUUGGAUAUUAGUGAGGAGUGAAUAACGUGUUCACAUCACUCUCUCUACAUAAUCAGUGUAGUUUGCUACAUAGAUUAUACUUUUCAUUUUCCCUUUUGUAUACCAUUGCCUUUCUUGCAAAGUCAAAGAAGAAAUGCAGAAGAGAAUUAUAAAGUUGAUUGGUAUCGUUUGCA